AUGAAGUCAAAGUGUGACUUUAUAAAAACUACCUUAAAUUUAAAUGAGAGUUAUAGCGAAUUGGAUAUCAACCUUGAGAACGUUACUGAGACUCCGAUUACGAACACUCAACAUAAGGAGAGGACAUGUAAUUCUCCUAUAUUUGAUACGCCUCAGCGAGAGAAAAAUGAUGAAUGUGAAGCAAAUAAUAAUCAGCACCUGGCAGAGUCACAGUCAACACCAGUCCCCUUAACAGUAAACCCAAUCUUUAAUAAAACAAUAUGUUAUAAGAAUAUCAACCUUGAGAACACUACUGAGAAUCCGAUUAGGAACACUCAACAUAAGGAGAGGACAUGCAAUUCUUCUGCACUAGAAAUACCUCAGCGAGAGGAAAAUGAUGAAUGUGAAGCAAAUAAUCAACCCCUGAUAGAGUCACAGCAACAUCAGCCCCGUCAACAGUAA